AUGGCAGCCUCUAUGGCAGAAAGUUUCCUUCCAGAGGAACGAGUCAAGUUCAAGCAAUUGGCAGACAAACUUAAUGGCUUGGUGUUUAAAGAUAGCGAUGAAUUCAGAGCUGAAGUUAAUUUCUUGAUAGAUCAAUUGAAUUCUCUUGAAUAUGGUCUACCUAUUGCAACACACGAGGCUGCAGCCAAAAUGUUGUGUCAAGUAUGCAUGCUUGUCUCUGCAAAAUAUGACCAUCUAUUGUCCAAAAUGUGCCAAUUGAUUGGAAAUGUUAUAGCAAAACUAACGGUAUCAUUAGACCAGGCUUCACUGGAUCUUCUGGUAGAAUAUUUAGUGACUGCAUUUAAGAUCUGCAAACCAUGGACAAUCCCUGACUUGUUAAGAGCCUUAGGAGCUGUUUUGUAUGAAAAUGGUGGAAGGAUAAGCAAAUUUUAUGAAGAACUUAUUGGCACAAGGGGUCUGUUGACAGAACUCAUUGCCAGCAGUGUCCAUGAUGAAGAUCUUAAAAAAGGAGCUGUGCAGUGUAUAGAGAAUAUAUGUAUCAGAUCUGCAAAUACUCCAUUUAUACCAGAGCCAUUUGUGACCAACUGCUUGAACAUUUUCAUAACAAUCCUACAGACUCCAAAACAAAGUACAGCUGAUGAAAUCACAUAUGAUCGGAUAUUGAUUAGUGCACUGAGAGGACUGCAGAAUAUCAUCAUUGGUAGUAAAACAGUUCAUUUAGAUCAUCUGGGAGUAUUAUUGGCUGCACUGAAGGUGCACAUGUUCUGUGGUGUUGUUGGACAACCUUCCAUUGCAGCAGGCUGCCUGUACCCAUCCCCAAUGAGUCAGUUUGAGCCAGUAUCUCCUAAAUCUACCACAGCUUCCACCCCCACUGAGGAAAUCAGUUUGAGGCCGUCCAAAGCACCCACAAAAAAUGCAAAUGCCAAGAGAAACAAAAAGAAAAAGACCAACACAAAGAAGACAACAACAGGUGCAAAGGAUGAAGAGGAAGAUGCAGGGGUUUCAAAUGCGACAUCCAGUAUGAAAAAUCUGAAUGUGAAUGAUACUGUUGGUCAGGCUUUGGAGAACUCUGGAUCAGUUGGGGAUAUUUUUGGUUAUUCCAGACAUUUGAUUAGUAGUUCCGAGUCAGAGUAUUCAGACACUGAAGGAGGGCAGGCUUCUAGAUUGAGGUCAUUCCAAGCUAGAGUAAGACAGACAGCUUUGGGCUGUUUUAAUGCUGUCAUUAAGGGAACAGACAGAAGAGUGAUGUUUGGGUAUUGGACCUCUUUCAUACCUGAUGCACUAGGAUCUGGAAGCUCUCAGUCACACACUCUGUUCACAGUGAUAUUAAAAGAUCCAGUUCCAAAGACUAGGACUGCUGCUAUAGCUGCAUUGGGUUCUCUCCUGGAAGGCUCAAAACAAUACCUCGCAGCAGCUGACGAUUCAGAACAGCAUAAAGCUGCCUUUACUUCUUAUUCAGUUGUCUUAGGCCUCAUGAUUAAAGAGAUACACAGAUGUUUAUUAGUAGCUUUGGUUGCUGAAAAUUCUCCCUUGGCUAUCACACAGAUCAUAAAGUGUUUAGCCACAUUAGUUCCUAAUGUACCAUACCAAAAGCUGAAACCUGGUUUGCUGAGCAGAAUAUCUAAGCAGAUCCGUCCUUUUAUAUCACACAGAGAUCCUAAUGUUCGGGUUGCUUGCCUGACCUGCUUAGGAGCCAUAGUGACUGUGCAGGCACCUCUGAUGGAAGUAUGCCACAUUCUUCUCCCAUCCCGCCCCCAGUCUGGACGAUCAACAGACACCAGUGCUCCUCAAGGUGACAGAACUGAUGAUCACACACAGGAAUCCUCUGCCUCACCCUCAUCCCCAGGGUAUUCACCCAGACAAUCCCCAGGUACCUUGACCCCAACAUUUUCUGAUCAAGCCUUGCAGAAGCAGGCAACGGAAAGUUCUUGGGUUUUAAAACUGUGUGUCAGGUAUGUUAUGCCUGCUGUUACAUCCCAGACAGGGUCAAGNGAAGGCUCAAAACAAUACCUCGCAGCAGCUGACGAUUCAGAACAGCAUAAAGCUGCCUUUACUUCUUAUUCAGUUGUCUUAGGCCUCAUGAUUAAAGAGAUACACAGAUGUUUAUUAGUAGCUUUGGUUGCUGAAAAUUCUCCCUUGGCUAUCACACAGAUCAUAAAGUGUUUAGCCACAUUAGUUCCUAAUGUACCAUACCAAAAGCUGAAACCUGGUUUGCUGAGCAGAAUAUCUAAGCAGAUCCGUCCUUUUAUAUCACACAGAGAUCCUAAUGUUCGGGUUGCUUGCCUGACCUGCUUAGGAGCCAUAGUGACUGUGCAGGCACCUCUGAUGGAAGUAUGCCACAUUCUUCUCCCAUCCCGCCCCCAGUCUGGACGAUCAACAGACACCAGUGCUCCUCAAGGUGACAGAACUGAUGAUCACACACAGGAAUCCUCUGCCUCACCCUCAUCCCCAGGGUAUUCACCCAGACAAUCCCCAGGUACCUUGACCCCAACAUUUUCUGAUCAAGCCUUGCAGAAGCAGGCAACGGAAAGUUCUUGGGUUUUAAAACUGUGUGUCAGGUAUGUUAUGCCUGCUGUUACAUCCCAGACAGGGUCAAGGUUGACAUUAAGUCAGAGUGGACACCAGCUACAAGGGGUUGUUGAACCUUUGCCAGUAAGGUUGGAGUCUUUACAGGUGCUACAGCAGAUGACUAAGUGCUACUUUAUGCUAACAAGGAACAGUCUAACAAUGUUAGCUGAUGUAAUCUGUGGGUGUUUAGAAGAUAAAGAAAUGGCAGUACAGCUGCAUGCUGCCAAGCUUUUAGAAGAAUUGGGAAACUCCUUUCUUCGCUAUCUGCAAGAUAACAGUGAAACUGGAUUGAGAAUAACAGCUCAAGAGGCCUUUGAUGUUUGGAUCAAAAUGCUGUCAGGACCACUUCCAGCUGUGAUGCAGAAUAUGAUCCAUCCUCCUCUGAGAGCAACUGGCUGUGACUGUCUCUCCAACAUUGGGGCCAUUGUCUAUGAUUUAUUACCAAUGGACAAGCGCAUCCUCUGCAUCACUUUACUGCUGGGGCUUACAGACGAUGAAGACAAAAAUGUCAAGGCCGCUGCAGUGAGAGCACUGGGUGUUUACAUGCUGUAUUCUACACUGAGAGAGGACAUAUCAUUUGUGGCAGACGCGGCCAAUGCCACAGUGACAUGUAUGGAGGACAGUAAUCUUGUGGUGAGGAUGAAGGCAGCUUGGUCCCUAGCAAAUCUCAGUGAUGCCUUGGUUAUGAACAGGGAUGCAGGAGACAAUGCAUUUGUAGAGGACUUCUCUGACAUGCUGCUGUUGAAGCUUCUUACUGUGGCCACCAGAGCAGCUCAAGAUAAUGACAAAGUCAAGUCUAAUGCAGUAAGGGCCAUAGGGAAUCUGUUGAGAUAUUCACCACAGAGAAGUCUUGGGAAGAGCAUAUUUUUCAGUGCUGUAGAGCAAGCUGUGGACAGCUUAGUGAAGACGGUGAACACAGGAGCUAUGAAGGUUAGGUGGAAUGCUUGCUAUGCAUCUGGGAAUGUGUUCAGGAAUGCUUUAAUUACAACAAGACAUGUCAAGUUAACUCAACCCAUGUUUUGUGCACUCUGUGCUGUGGUUAAAGAUUGCAAGAAUUUUAAAGUGCGUAUAAAUGCAGCUCUGGCCUUGUCUGUACCAGAUGAGAGAAUAAUGUAUGGGACCCCUGCACAGUUCACUGCUGUGUGGGACAGCCUGAUAACUGCACUGUGGAAUACUGAAACCACCACAGACUUCACAGAGUAUAGACAUAGGGAUAGUUUAGUGGAACAGGUAUGCUACACUUUGAUUCACCUAGCAGCUUUGAUAGAUGUCCAAGAUUUACCCAACUUGCAUACAACCAUAAUAAAGAGUACAGACUUUGUUGCACAUCACACUACAAAAUAUUAUGAAACCUUGUUGGUAGAAAAUGAGGGAACACGAGAAAAAGUCCUGAAACUUACCAAAGCUGCAGACCACAUUGCCACUCUGGCCCAAUCUCCCAUUCAGCAGAAGGAACUGUCCUUGGUGAAAAACCUCCAAAAAAUAUUCUCACAGGAACGACCAGAACCAAAAGAAGAAGCUGAAGCACCCAAAACAUCUUUCAGGCAGACAUACGACUGAAGUGGAAUGGUGUUAUAUGCAGAUUCUGGGCAGUCAUUUGAAUCUACAAGAGAUCUUGCAGUGACUUCAGUAUUUAAAUGCUUUGUCCGGCUAAGAGAAAAGUUGCAGAAGCAGCAAAUAAUUUUAGUGUUCAGUUUGCCUGAAAACAAUAACUUCCAAUAACUGCUUAAAACAUUGAACUCCAUUCAUAUGAAUCUUGUUGUCUUUCUCAUAGCAUUGUCCAUUUUUUUAAAUUGUAACUGUGAUAGCAUUAACUUAAACUUAAAAAAUGAAUAACUGCUGUUUU